AUGCAAAUACUCGCAAAACUAUCAAUUCUAUGCUUAAGCAAAUGCUUAUAUCACAAUAUCUAUCUAACAUCAACUUUACUACCUAUACCUCAUUCAUGAUUUACAAAACUAUUUAUUAUGUGAGAGGCUUCUUACAAAUCCAAAAUGAGAAUGAACAAACACCCAAACUAAUUAGAACUACAAUCAAUAAUGUACUUCAAGAGAAACUCAUACCACUACCACCAAACCCUAAUGAAAUUCCUGAACAUAUUCAAGAAAUUCUACCAUUUACACUUCCAAUUACACAAAGAUCAUAUACAAGAGCUACUGUUAAUGCAUUAAGAAAAAUCUUCAGAUUUGACAAGCUAACAGAUAACUACUUUGCAAAACUUCCAACAUUACCUGAAAGAUACCAGGAUCUCUUACCAGAACUACAAACCUAUUUUCCAAUAACCAAUAGGCAAUCACUACAAUACCUCUCAUAUUUCAGACGAAAGCUUGCUGAUCAUUACACCUUCACUGCAAUUCCAAGUUCAUACUUUCAACUCCCACCACCAAAACAACCACUACCUACUACAUAUCAGGAACUCAACUAUAAAGUUAGAGGACUCUUCCUAUUCAAUUCAUCUACAUCCAAAAUACCAUUAGCUAAGGCAGUUGUAUAG